CAAUUCAAAGAUGUUUAAUUAAAAAUUAAUGAUUAGGACCCCUUGACUGUUUUAUUUUCCUUAAUUUUCUCGUAUGACAAUAUCAAGCACCCCCUGCGGAGUGCUGAUAACGCGCGCGGGGUGAACGAUAACACAGCAGACAACGGCGUCCUAUUCACUCCUAUCGCGCGACAACCUCCGCCACGCGUGGAGUGCUGAGUGAAAACCGAUCUGUGGAAAAUUGGGGAGGAAAUAGCCUUCCCGGGAUCAGCGUGGCCGUAUAGAGUUACGGUGGAGGCCCCUCCCCCUGUCUGGCUCGCUCUUUUUUCUCAACCUCUCGGUUGGCUUUCGGAGAGGGCUCGAUCCUGCUCACGCUCAGACCGCUGAGAAAUAGCAGGCAUAAGAUGGCUGACUCGACCGGGCACGGUGAGCCCGCGACAGGAGCAGCAGCAUCAACUUCACUGGGGCUUCUCGCGCGCCUGCCAUUCGCUGCCACUCCGCAACUCUGAAACGGCCCCGCCUUGCUCUGUGCCGUGUGCCCGCCGGGUUAGACCCCCAAAUAUUGACAGAGAUUAAAGAAAACAUGGCUGAGAUGGAGAAAGAGGGCAGACCUCCGGAAAACAAGAGGAGCAGAAAGCCAGCUCACCCCGUGAAGAGGGAAAUUAAUGCAGAGAUGAAGGUCCCGUCCAGUCGGCCCCUACCAGGGGUGGGGCAGGCAGGCAAUCUCCAUGGCAACUCGCCCCAUUUGAUGAGUUUUGCUGAAAACACCAUGAAUGAGUUGCUUGGAUGGUACGGAUAUGACAGAGUGGAGUUACGAGACUCAGAUGACAUAGAGAUCCGCAACUACCCUGAUGGAGAAAUGCGGCAACACAUCUCUGUCCUGAAAGAGAACUCUUUGCCAAAAGCAUCCACAGUAGAGAACAGCAGUGGUUCUCCUCCACACGCCAACAGCUCUGGCUCUACUCCGACAUCACGGAAUGGAGUAACAGCCGAGGCGUCUGUAAACCCCUCCUCCUCUAAGGAGCACGGAGGCCUGCCAAUCAUAGUGCCCUUAAUCCCGCCCCCUCUGAUCAAAGCACCAGCAGAGGAGGACACCUCUAAUGUUCAGAUAAUGUGUGCGUGGUGUCAGAAGGUGGGAGUGAAGCGUUAUUCUCUCAGUAUGGGCUCUGAACUGAAAAGUUUCUGUAGUGAGAAAUGCUUCGCUGCCUGUCGACGUGCCUACUUCAAACGCAACAAGCUUGGAUAUGUGAGGAAUUGCAGUGCCAGAGAGGAGGAGGGCGUUCAGCACCACAACUUGUCCAAAGACACGCCCAGACUUGUCCUCAAGACAAACAGCGAUGUGCUUGUCUGUGAUUGGUGCAAACACAUCCGCCACACUAAGGAAUACCUGGAUUUUGGAGCGGGUGAAAGACGGCUUCAGUUCUGCAGUGCAAAGUGUCUGAACCAGUAUAAGAUGGACAUAUUCUAUAAAGAGACUCAGGCUGCACUGCCAGGGGGUUUAUGUAACCCUCCUCUCUCCACAAAUGAUAUGAAAUCAGAGAGCGCAGCGGGUGUACAGCUCCUCACACCUGAGUCCUGGGGCGCGCCUAUGAACGAGCUCCGCAGUCACAAGGCACCUUCACCAGGGGGUGCCACCACUGUAGCCAGACCCUCUGGAUCCACCUCAGGGUCACCAUCUGAAACUGGAAAUAUGUGUUCCUCUUCAUCUUCAUCAUCCUCGUCAUCAUCAUCUACGAAAAUCCCCACACCACGGCCACACGAAAGCCCCGCAUUACUGCCACCUCCUCCACCACAUAUAGCAGGUUUACAUCCAGCUCUGGGUGUGCCACCUGGCAGCCCACCGAUGGUGAUGACACCCCGUGGCCCAGUUCCUCUCCCUCUCUUUAUGGAGCACCAGAUGAUGCAGCAGAUUCGCCCUCCGUUCUUACGCCCCCCAGGCCCCAAUAGCCCUCAUUCCAAUCCCAUGAUUCCUGGCAUUGGGCCACCACCAACUCGGACUUUGGGUCCUCCAUCAAGCCCUAUACACCGCCCACUUCUUUCCCCCCACAUACACCCAUCCUCCACCCCAACCCUUCCUAUGAACCCUCCGGGUAUGAUGCCCCCUCAUCCCGGUGGCCACAUGCCAUCCUUCCCUUUCCAUCCAGUUAACAUGAUGCCAGCUGGACCCAUCCCAGUUCCGCCCUAUAUGAAUAUUGGCAUACCUUCUCUGGCCCCCUUGGUGCCACCACCAACAUUAUUAGUGCCCUAUCCAGUGAUUGUGCCAUUACCAGUCCCCAUACCCAUUCCGGUGCCCAUACCAUUCAAUCCCCAGGCUUCUGGUGACCGACCAGGAAAUGACAGAACGCUUCUGAACGCUGUGAGUGAGCGGAAUGAUUCAAAAGCACCACCACCAUUUUCUCAAACCACCUCCAGAGGGGAGGGGACGGACUUUCAACAAGCCCCUCCUACCUCAGAUAUACUUUCACCAGGAUUUUCCAAACAGACAGAGCAGGGCAGGACAAACGUGGCGGAGCAUAUAGUUAAAAUGGAAAACUCUGGUAAUGGAAACUCUGGACACUCCCACAAAGACACACCAGCAGAUGGGGUCAUUGAUUUAACAACCAGUCAUUGCUCCCGGCAACAGCUAGUUAUCCAGAGGGCUGUAACCUGUGUACAGGUAAAAGCAGAGCCCGGGUUAAGCCCACCACCUGCAGUUUUGGGUGAAACUGAGGUGGAUGGGUCGGCCAGUACUAGCACAGGUACAAUAGAAGAUAACCACAGAGAGAGUAAUGCUAAAAGCCCUUUGGCUAGUGUGACUCUGCCUUGUGUCAACCCAUCCUACUGCAGUGGCACUCCGCCACUUUCUCAGCCAGUCACAUGCAGCUCCUCCACUGUUCCUACCAACACCAUCACAGCUAAAACUGAGCCUGGCUCUGCUACGCCCUGCAAUGUGAUUGUUAAUGGGAGCUGUAAUGUGCCUCCAACAGAGAGUUUGAUCAGAACACCUCCGUUAGAGCAGCACCCUCUAGUGGACUCCUGCCGCAGGACUGCCGCUGUGUGUGAUAAACCUGCGGGGGCUGAUUUAGAAGGAGAGGACCUGAAAGAGAACAGCUGCUUGGCAACAGAAAGAGACUUGGCAGGUAAGAAAAUCUCAAUUGACCAGUCUGCCGUUACCGCAAUAACAGGGGAGGACAAACCUCAGAACCCUGAAGAUGCCCCAUCUGGUGAGGACCAUGCCUACGCUCUUCCCCUAAUGCCUAAACCUGGCUGUGUCAUUCAGCCUGUUCCCAAACCUGCUGACAAAUCCGCUGCCGUUUUGCCCUGUGGCUUGACAGAUCCAUUAACAGGAACAAUUCCAAUGGAAAUGGAGCCUCCGCUGAAGAGAAGGUGUCUGCGUAUCCGCAAUCAGAACAAGUGAAAUAGAGGACAG